UGGCGCGCGCGCGCGUGUGUGGGCAGGCGAUAAGUGUGCGGGCAGGGAAGGACGCUGCGGCCGACGUCGUCCCCGAGGCACCCGGGAACCCAGAGCGGAGACCGCGCCUCCUGGGCGAGCCUCGGUCGAGCGGCCGCCAUCUUCUCGGCCGCGACUCGGCGCCGACCUUCGGAGGUGAGCGCGCGACCCGCUGGCUCUGUCUCGGAUCCUGGGUCGCGCGAGCGCGAGCGCACUCGGCCUCUCGCGCGUGUGUGGCAACUGUUUACAAGCGGGCCACGUGGGUGUGCGUCGCGUCGUGUCGGUCGUGUCCGGUCGUGUCGCCGAGGGCAGCCAUUGCCCCCGCGUAUAUCGGGCGCACGGGCCAUGGCGCGAGUGUGUCGAUAGGCGAGCGCGUCCGCCGCGGAGUGUGCGCGCGAGGGAGAGGGCCGUCGCCGUCGCGUAUCGAGCACCCUGGUGUCCGCGUGCACCGCGGUGUAUAUAAACAGAGUGAGAGGCGCGUUCGCCGCGGAGCAUGUGUCUCGUGAGGUAGCGAGGCGAGGGGCCUCGCAGCAAGGGAGGAAUGACAGCGACUCCCGGGGGUUCCGGGGAGGUUAGGACGCGCUACCUGGCCGCCAUUACGAGUCGAGGGCACUGGAUGUUGACAGCGAGUUCCUGGAGAGGUUGAAAGGUCCGCGAGGGGCCCCAAAGUGACAGCGAGGGCGAGGAGAGGUUAGGUCGCGCACCCUGGCGGCCAUUACGCGCGUCGGAGUCGAUAUUGACAGCGGGUUCCUGAAGAGGUUAGACGCGACCUGGAGCCUGGUGAUCGAGAAGGAGAGUGAGAGGUCAGACGCAACCUGGAGCCUGUAGAACGAGAAGGAGAGCGGGAGAUUAGACGCGGCCUGGAGCACGAGAAGGGACGGCGAAUCCUCGAAGAGGUUAGGAAGCGCACCCUGGCCGCCAUUUCACGCGACGGAGAGAUCCUCUAGAGGUUAAAUCGACCAUCCUGGAUGGGAAAUGUAGCAGGUGACCCAGACUUCUUGAGGAGGUUAAAGUCUGCGAUCCGAUGAGCACUCACAUCCUGAAGAGCUUUAGCGAGUAAUUGUCAGGCAUAAGGAAGAGUUAUAAGUGUGUCAAGAGCGCGCAUAUGAAUCCAAGAGACAAUCGAGCAAGGCGCGUCGGAGACACGUGAUCGCCGUUACGUCAUCAAGGAGAAGAGGGGCCAGCGGAUCCACAUUGGAGACGUAGACUCGAGGCAAGAUGGAGCUACGACUCCAUUCUCCUGCUGGAGCGGAGCCCAUCGUCUAUCAGUGGCCGCUCACCUCUGGCUCGGGAUCGGAUCGCCACGACGGUGCUCUGGACGUCGUCGAAACCAUGAGGUGGGUCUGCGAGGAUUUGCCGGAUUUGAAAUUACCACUGGAGAAUAAUAUACUCUGUAAUUACGAUACACGGGAUUAUGAGAGUAUGAAGAACCUAUGCGAUAGAUUCAAUCGGGCCAUCGACAGCUUGGUACAGUUGGAGAAGGGAACCAGCCUGCCUUCGCAGCGUCUCAACAAGAGACCAAGUAGAGGCUUGCUUCGCCAUAUACUGCAGCAAACUUACAAUCAGGCAGUCAUCGAGCCGGACAAGCUGAACCAGUACGAACCGUUUUCCCCUGAGGUCUAUGGAGAAACGAGUUACGAGCUCGUUUGCCAGAUGAUCGAUCAGAUCGAUGUAACCGAGGACGACAUUUUCGUCGACUUGGGCUCUGGAGUGGGUCAGGUGGUGCUACAAAUGGCUGCGGCUACGCUUUGCAAAAUCUGCAUUGGCGUCGAGAGAGCUGACGUACCUUCGAAAUAUGCCUUGAGCAUGGAGGUUAACUUCCGUAAAUGGCUCAGCUGGUACGGAAAGCGUUGCGGAGAUUAUCGGCUGAUCAAGGGAGACUUCCUGGCGGACGAGCACCGGGAGAGCAUCACCGGGGCGACGAUAGUCUUCGUGAAUAAUUUCGCCUUCGGCCCGACCGUGGAUCACCAGCUGAAGGAGAGAUUCGCCGAUCUUCGAGAUGGCGCUCGCAUAGUUUCCUCCAAGUCCUUCUGUCCCCUCAACUUCCGGAUCACGGAUCGGAAUUUGAGCGACAUAGGAACGAUAAUGCACGUAUCGGAGAUGUCUCCCUUGAAGGGUUCGGUAUCCUGGACCGGGAAGCCAGUGUCCUAUUACUUGCAUGUCAUCGAUCGGACCAAGCUGGAGAGAUACUUCCAUCGGCUGAAGAACAAUAAGCAGGGGGGACUGGACGAGAACUCGGACUCCGUGAUCAACAAUAUUCCUGGGAGCAACAAUAAGAUACCCAGGAACGAGAAGGCGGAUAGAGCGAAGAAGGACCUCUCCAGGCAGCUGGACAGUCCUAACCAGUCGGAGCAUCUUAACACCAACAGCGAAUCAGAUGGAGACGAUGGGUCUUCCAAGAGACGCAGGCAGACUUCGAAGAUCAGAAGGAAGCUGAAUAGGAAGCCCUCGAAUGGAAUGGCCAGGCCUGGAGCCAGGGGAAGGCAGCGAGGCAGGGGCAUGAAGAAGUCCAGACCACGGAAGGCUAUCAACAUCUCUGGAUUGGAUCUGCUCCACAGUCAAACCCUCCUCAGCACCUCUCCGCAGGCUCUGGGAAAGAAACCACCACCUGCUCCUGGAUGCAUCGACCAGCAGCUCUCUUCGCUGUCUCUGUCUCUCCAGUCCAAUUCCCUUUCGGUGCACGAAGAGCUGUCGAUACCUCAGGCUCCUGCUGCCACUCCCUAUGCACUCCAAAUUCUCCUCGAUCUGUACAGAGACCAGUUCAUGGCGAUGUUGGAGUCGAUGAGGACGCCGGCGUACCGGAUCACGGUGAACACGAACAUCACCCGGGAGCGGGAGAGGAACUCGAAGCUGCAAUCGAGGGCGGCGCAGCUGGAGAAGCAGAUCAAGGUGCUGAUCGACGACAGCGUCGCUCUCUUGAAGGCGCGGAUGACGGAGUUGGGGAUCAACGCGACGUCCCCGGGGGACCUGCUGGCGAAGGCCAAGGAGAUCGUCCUGAGGCACAAGCAGCUCCAGGCGAAGGCGAGCAAGCUGCAGGCCCAGGUCUCGUCGAUGGAGGCCGAGCAGUCGAGGCUCACCGCCAUCAGGCACCAGGAGCUGCAGGAGAAGUACAACGGCCACGGGGGCAUGAACGGGCCCCAGCCGCUCACCCAGGACUACAUCCUGAAGGAGAUCUCGACUACCCUAUCCCAGAGGAAGAAGCUGCACUGCCAGGUGUCCAGGUUGGAGCACGAGUUGAAUGCCCUGGAGCGCGCCAGCAACGAGAAGCAGGCCGCUGUCCUGGUGCAGCAGCAACAGCGAGAGCUGGCCGGAGGGAAGCACCUGCAGCAGCCUCAUCUGGUGCAACAGCAGCAGCAGCAGCAGCAGCAGAAGCCCCCGGCCUCCCGGAAGAACCGAGAGGGCAGGUCCAGGUCGCAGGAAUGGCCGGACGUCCCGGACAUCGGGAAGAUCCAGGAGAACAACCCGGAGAUCCUGGCCAGGAAGAUCCUGGAGACGGGCCGGCAGAUCGAGGCUGGCAGGAUCCCGGUCAGGCAAGGUCCGGCCGCCCCUCGCGCCCGUCUGCCUGGGCCCGGGUUCUCCUCCUCGUCCUCCACCUCCUCCUCCUCGUCCUCCGCAUCGGAAAAGGCCCAGGUCGCGGCCAAACCGCAGGAACCUCCCAGGGUAGCCAACUUUGAGGACAGGCUCAAGAGCAUCAUCACCAGCGUCCUCAACGAGGACCAGCAGAACAGGAACAAACAGCAGCAGCAACAGCAGCAGCAACAGCAGCAGCAGCAGCAGCAGCAGCAGCAGCAACAACAACAGCAGCAACAACAGCAGCAGCAGCAACAACAGCAGCAGCAGCAGAUGCAGGCCCAGCAGGCUGAGCCCGAGAGAAAGAGGGUCACGUUGCUGCAGAACUCCGCCACUCCGGAUUACACCCAGGUAUCCCCGGCGAAGCUGGCGCUGCGGCGACACCUGUCGCAGGAGCGACUCUCGUCGCAUCUGUCGGCCCCGGAGCGGGCGGACCGGGCGGACCGGGCCGACCGGAUGGAGCGACAACAGGUCCAGAGCCACGAGGGUGGCCGGCCGCAGACCGGAGUCGGUCUGCUGGGGACUAGGACGAUCGGCGACCUCGUCAGCGGGGAGAUCGAGCGCACCCUGGAGAUCUCGAACCAGUCGCUGACGACCCCCUCGGCGGUGGACAUGAGCGCGGCCAUGAGGCCGGAGGCGAUCUACUCGCCGAUCAGCAGGCCGGCCAGCGCGGAGGGCGACGCGGGGUUGGCCACCCUGGCCCACGUGGCUAGCUAUGUGCCCACGUCGGCCGCCUCGGGCGCCGCGGGCGCUCCCGCGGGGGGCCCGGGGGCGAAUGCCCCUCCGGGCCCCGCCGCGAGGUCCUCCGUUCUGUUCACCCCGGUCACGCAGCCCCAGAGGUACGUGCCGGUGCAGCUGCCCAGGGCGGACAUUAAGCCCUACCACGAGUCCUACUUCUGCGACAGCCCUUCCUCGCAGCCGCACUCCUCGGCGAUGGUCUACCACCACCCUACUUCCCAGGCCUCCGCCAACGACGACCUUCUACCCGUAGAGGGCCUGGCCGCCUCUCUGCACGCCAAGAUCCUCAACAGCCAUGGACCCGGGAAGAGCGAGCCGAGCGCCUCCGGGAAGAGAUACCAGCCUUACCCACGGUACACGAGUUGCAACAGCGGAAGCGGCGCGACCACGCCGACGCAGUCGCAGGCGGUCGUGUCGGUGAAGACGGAGGCGGCGGUAGUUCCGUCGGUGACCACCAGCGGCGCUCCGCUCAGUCCAACGAUCGAGCCGCACUCCAACACCUCCACGCCCCUGGUGGACGAACCCAAUAUGACGGCGCACCGACAACGGAACGCGGCAGGAGACGACGACGGCGAGGCGGACUGGCAGGACAGAAUCAGCUCGGGGUUCGACCGGCUGGUGGCGUUCGCGUCGACGGAGCUGGACAAGCGCCGACGAUCGACGGAGGGCGUGAACACGAGCCCCGACAGCGGCCUGGGCUCGGAGACCGCAGCGACGGGACCGCCGCCGGUCGUCCUGUCCCCGGAUGAGGCCCUGGGGCCUCCUCGCACCCCCUCGCCGACCAGCCCCCGGCCCCCGAACCCCCUCGCGGGCGCCUCCGUCCCUUUCAAGUACCAGCGCCAGCCCGACCACGAGCGGCACCACUUCAAGAAGAAGUUCUUCCACCGCGACUGGAGCAACUCCGCGGGCAACGGUGAGCCCGGCCGCCGAGCGGACACCCUGGAGGUCUUGAAACGUCCGAGGCUUGCUGACCAGCCGCACAUCAGGACCAACUACAGUCCUUACAACGCGGAGGGUCGAUUCCGGCACGAGGAUACCAUGAAUAAUCGCGAAUCCAUGGUGAAUAAACAACGGUAGACCCGAAGACUCGAUACAGUUCAAACUGUUUCACGAACCGAAGAGAUCGAAGGCCCUCCAAGGGUCGACAACUUCUGAGAUUACCUGGGAAUGGUUUUCCCAGGACAAACCCUGUUCGAUCAACGACUACGAGGAUGGAAUUAAGGCCCGGUAACCGUGAGCCGGCCAUCUUGAAUUAUGACGUCAAAGGCGAAGAAAUCCCAUGAAAUUCUCUUAUCACUAUUUUUACAAAUUGCAUUUUCAAGGAAAAACCAGUGUUGGUAGAAACUAGAUGUUCCCGAAAUUUGUCAGUGGGUCAGUUUUUUUUUAUAAAUCAUGCAUCAGGAAACAAGAUAUUUUUCGAAAAUUGACCAGAGACGGUUUUGGACGAUAAUCAGGAAAUAGACACAAUAGAAUUAUAAACGUGGAUUGUCCGACACAUUUUAUGCGUCCACUGAUUUUCUUCACGUGAAUAACUUGGAAAAAUAGUCUGGAAGAAUAUCGGAGGGGAAUUUCUUACGAAUUCUUCGUUUCUGUCGUCAAAAUUCAAGAUGGCCGACUCAAGGCUACCGAGGCCUUGCAUGGGGAUUUUAUUACUCGGAGAAAUAAGCUCGUACGCGUACCUAACUUUUGGCGUUAAAGCGAAUCUGUUAGUCGUUUAAAGAUUACACAUAAAAUACGUCUUUUCUUUUAACGCUAAAAGUAAGGAUCGUGGUGAAUAAUCGAGGGCCAAAAGUCGGCAGUUCUGGACGAGGGUGAUGUUUCUCGACGAGAAAGAGAAUGCUGCGAACUUCACACGAGUCUGAAUUGCAUAUGAUUGAACGUGCGACAUCUCUUUUGUAACAAAUGCACGGAAUGUUUGAUUUGAAUUUAAAUAUUAAGCGGGAAGAAGGAAGUACACGGUCGUGGAUGAAGGUUGACUUGUAGCGUCGCAAGAGUGGCGGCCAUUUUGUAUUGAAAUUCGAACAUUCCGGGCAUCGGUUACGAAGAGGAAUUCCCAAAACCAUGUGUCUCGGAAAUGAGCGGCGAUUUUUCUAAAAUUGGAUAAUCAUUUCCAUAGUAUCCUGCUAGAAAUAACUCUGUAGGGAAGUACGAAAGGGAUCUGGUUCGGGAUUUUCGUGAGCCUAAGAAAGUCGCAACGGAGAUGGGCAAAAGAGUCGUGGGUUAGGAAAUGCGAUUUUCCGGGAAAACGGAGCACGAUACGGAGAAACGCCUCGGGUGGAAGAAUGUUCCGAAUUAGCCGAGGAACAACUUUUGUCUGAAUCGUUUCACUAUAAAGUGCACGGUUUAUGCGGGAGAAUGGAUUGUUCCGGGAGGGAUAUCGAAGCGCUUGCUUUCGGACUCGGUUUUCAGAGUUUUCUGCCUCCUACAUACGUUGUAUGGAAAAAUGUCCCAUACAAAAGUUGUUCCCGGUAACGUGUUCGUCAACAUUUGUCGAAGGAAAAUUCCCACCCGAGGCCUCGGAAAAGCGGGAAAUUAAUGAAUAGCGCAGAAAGUGUUACGAUCUUUUCGGCGGGGCGCGAGUCGUCGAAACGGAAAACGAUUUUUCUUUUUCUUUUUCUUGUCUUAUCGAGGACCAUAUCAAAGGGAAAUAUUUUUCAAGAACUUGCCAAAUGUCAGGUUUCUGCUUUUCCUCCUGCCGGAUUUUCUGGGCAUCGUUCUUUUAAUACUCCGAAACCCGUUAACGUAAUCCGUAAUUAAUUAAUUAACUAUUAGCUAGGUUUUUUUUUUCCGACAGUAACGCAAAUAAUGGGAAAGGGUGAAUUGCGAUUUUCGAGGACUGUAACUGCCUUCGCGAGGAGGAUCCACUUUGAGGAUAGCUUAGAAGGAAAUAGUGGAAGGAUAGGAAACGUCCGGUUUUUAGAAUUUGAUAUCGUGCACAGUGUACAAUUUGCGAGCGGUCUUUUCUACGAAAAGGAUGGAGCUACAUUAGCGAAUUAUUUUCCUUUUUUUUUUUUCCAACUAUUAGACGGAGAGAAGGGAAUCACUGCCAAACGUGCAGAAGAGGUCGUAAGUCGCGUCCCCUCCCGCCAAAGAAAUUCCGUUUUCGGGAAAACGGUGCACGCUAUAAAAAAAGGUUUCCAACGAAAGUUUUCCCUGAUUCAUUGGGGAACAACUUUUGUCUCAAACCUUUUUUUCUAAACUGCACGGUUCGCGCCGCAAGCUGUAUUUUUCUAAAUAGGGGGGAAGAAAAAGGAGAAACUUAGUGCCCGAAUAUUUUUCCAGUCCAAGACUAACGAGUAGUGUUUGCCUUAAAGUCGCGCGACAGAAGAAGAUAGACUUCUUUCGGUGAACCUUCGGAAGAUUGCAGGGAAUUAAUCUCACGGAGGAGUUGAAAGUUUAUGCAAAAAGGGGGAGGGACGAAUUCUACGACCUCUUCGCGUAAAUCGUAGACCGUUUACCAAACGAAUAGGAAUCUUUUUUUUUCUUUUUCUUUGUUGAGAGUUAGUUCUUAGGGAAUUAUUAGUUGGCCAGGUAGGGGAGAAAAUGGACGUCCGUUUGUAGAAUUUGAUAAAGCGGAGAGAAUUUCGCGACCGGCCUUUUCUGCGGAGGAAAGAUGGCGCCGGCAAAUCUUUUUUAAACGAUCGGACGCGCUAAGAAAAGGGAUCACUACCAAACCUUUGUGUGUUCGUUGCGAAUCGCCGUUGUUCGAUGGAGAAAAAAUAGACAACGGGGCUAGCGAUAUUUAACGGAGAUUUCUUCUCACCGAUGUGUUCAUCGAGGAGUUUGUAAUUCCGCAGAGGCGCUUGUCGAGGCACGGAGGACGGAUUGACUUUUAAUUCAUUAUUUAUUCAUUCAUUCGUUCUAUCGAGGAUUCCCCGUUUUAUUUGGAAAUCUCGUCCUACCGGUGAUAAGCUUGGACUCUAAGUUCCUUUCACGAGGCAUUGAAACGUAAUUAAGAGUGUUCUACUGUAAAUUAAUUGUCGUUUUAAUUAGGUAAUUAGUGGAGACGGGAUUUUGUCGUUUUCGUGGAAAGCGCUCGGAAGUACUUGUAAUUCGUUGUUGAUUCGAAGUUAUCGCGAAAUUCCUGGGGAUGUGAAUUUAGAGCGCAAUUCGUCGUAAUUAAAUUGAAUAUAAAUAUGAAGAGAUCAUUAAUUGUGCUCCCGAGUGAUCGUAAACGGUUUAAUUAAUCUUUAAGAAUGGAUUUCGCACCUCGAUGAGGUAUCAUGCUUUUGUAAUUUUUUUUUUUUAAACACGCAAUCACGCAAAUCAUUGAUUUGAAUUUUGCCGCGCGGUCGGCGCUCCAACGGAAAGCGCAUUCUGCCGUGUCCUCGGCAAGGCCCUCUGAUUACACUGCUGGGCAACCGACAUAGUCAUUUCACUGCGAGAGAGAGAGAGAUAGGGAGAUGCCAGGGAUAAUUUACGCUCAUAUUAUCUGAGAAGUUACGAUUUGUAAUAAAAAAAAAACGAUAUAAUGGACGGGGGAACUAACGGUGAGCGCAAUUUUGCGUUUCGUAAGACCUGCGCGCUUUCAAGAUGGCGUCGCGCCAAGAUGGCGGAGCGCGCCGCCAUCUUGGAAUCACGGCCGGCGCGGCUUUGUAACUAAGCGUUUUGUAAAAAUUGAAUGGGUGAUCAUUGUUCGAUCGGCGAGGGAUUCGUGUAAAGAGGGAGAAAACGUAAAAGAACCGCCUGAAAUGUGUUACAUAAUUGUAAGUAGUAACAAGUGUAUUAUUUAAUAACCCCCAGGACGAUAUACAUAUAUAUACUUGAAUUAUUGUAAGUAAAUCUGGCGUGUGUAACCGGCGCGGAGAGGUCUCGAGAACCAUCGAGUGAUUCAUUAUAUAUUAUUAUAUAUUAUUUUUAUUGUUCGCCAUUAGUUAUUUAUUAUAUUAUUGGAGUAUUUUAAUAUUAAGAUUUUGUAACAGAAGGAUAUAUCACUGCUCUGCGUUUUCAUUCCGUCUUUCACCAAGCUCGGAUUUCCCCCGGGAAUUCGGUGUUUCACGAGUUUCCGAUUUUUCCAGUGGAUUCCGCGGGAAAAUUCGAGGGGGAAAUCUCUUUUCGGGAUUUAAAUCGCGAGGGUGAUAAGCGAGAUAUUAAACACCGGUCGAGGCGGCCGACUUUCCGUUGGAGCCGCCGCGCCAUUGGCGCGGAAUGUCUCCAAGGGAAAGCAUCGCUCUCGAGAAGAUUUCCAAAGGAGCUUUUCGCCUCGUUUUUUUUUUCUUCCUUUUGUUUCCGACUUUCGGAGAUUGCGACGGGGAAUGGAAAUUCGAAAGUUCUUGACGUUUCCUGGUUACGGUGGUUUUAAUUAAUUUAAGCGAAACUGCAUCCGGUGUUACGUUUCUUGGGGAGUUCUCUCAAACGGGUUCGUUAUAGUUUCGUCUCGUAAUUAGAUGCUGGGUCGAGUGCAAGGAUUGUAAUAAUUGUAAAAAAAGAAAAAAAGAAUAAAAACAUUGGAUAUCU